UCUUAAGAAAUAUGGCCAAGAAGACUCUCCAGUCACUGGCAUAUGGAAUGAAACUAUGACCAAGCUGAAUUGCUGUGGAUACAAAGGCUAUGAUGACUUCACAAAUUCAACUUUUGUAAAGAGGAACUUAAAAUAUCCCAAACAAUGCUGCAGUAAAGAUUCAAAUUCAAUAUGUGGAAAACAAGAAGCUGUGAACCAGAAGAUGAAGGGCUGCUUUCAUGUGCUGCUUAAUGAAAAUAUACCCAUACCUGGAGCUUUGUCAUUUCUGAUCGGCAUUCUACAGAUUGUUGCCUUGUUCGGUUCGCUGAAAGUCUACCGAUGCUUGAGACGCUUACCUCAUCUCCCAGACCUUUUUGAAAAUAAUCUGUGAUAAACGAC